AUGCAAUCGGUUUUGUCCUCUUCCCAAACUUCCAGCAUCAUGAAUAACGAAAAGGAAGAACAGUCUUCCUCAUCGGAAUGGUAUCAAAAAGCAGACACUCUUGAAAAUUGGCUUCAAAAGCAAAUGCUACUAAAAUUAAUGAAACAAUUUCAACCAAAUAAUUACACAGCAAGGCUUGAAUUGUCGUUUGAUAAUACUUUCACUUCGGAACAUGGUGUAUCGUUGAAUGAUCUUUUGAAAUCUGCAAAUUUGGAAUAUUGUAAACAAUUCUCUAAAUCACUCAUGUCAGAUUCAAUGUCAUGGAAUCAUUCUUGGAACCAUAGAAUAACAUUAUAUACUGGGAAUGUCACUCAUCUGUCUUUCACCCAUAUUCCAAACAGACAAGUGAGCUUGGUUAAUGCUUCAAACGAAUCGUUGGUGAUUGGUGGAGGUCUGAAUGGAACCAUUUAUGAAGCUUGUGGGGUGGAAGAAAUGAAUCGAGCUGUUUCCAAUCCUGACACUUGGAUCUAUCACUCACAUUCACACCUUGACACCAAGUGCCCAGUUGGUGAAAUUGUCGUGACCAAUUCGUUCAAAUUGGGACAAACCAAUGGAAUUGAUUACAUCAUUCAUACCACCGGACCAAGAGGAAGAGAUUCUGAUUAUGAUGAAGAAACAAAGAGAGAUUUACUUGCCAAUUGCUAUAGAAAUAGUCUUUCAUUUCACUUUAGGCAAUUAUCAAAGAAAUAUCAAGCUGAAGACUUGUCACAAAUUUAUUCGGCAAUUGUUUUUCCUUGUAUUUCUACAGGAAAAUUUCACAUGAAUCAGAUAGAAGCGUGCAAUGUAGCUUGUGCCACAGUUAGAGACUUUCUGUUAGAGGAGAGUAGUAAUAAUGAAUCUCCAAUGCAUCAAAUUAAUUGGAGAAUAAUAUUUUGUACAUUUAGGUGCAGCGAGCAAGCAAUAUAUGAAACGUUCAUGGAUUUCUAUUUUCCAUGA